UACUUUUCCUCUACGAGAAAGCAAAGGUGUGAGAUUCGUUGACUCACACAAGACCGGAGAACGAAGCUAUGUCAGAGACCGCCGUUUCAAUCGACUGGGACCGAGCUAAUUCGGAGGAUGAAGAAGAAAAUUACGAUGAUGACGAAGAAGACUAUUCGUCUCCGGCGCAAUCAUCUCCGCGGCCACCACCGUCGGCGAAUUUCGAGAAAGAUCGACACUUGGUGUAUUUGGAGAUGAUGUACGAGUUGCUUCCGUACCAUUACCAAUCUCAGGAGAUCAACCGUCUCACCUUAGCUCACUUUAUAAUCUCGGGUCUUCACUUUCUCGGCGCAAGAGAUCGUAUUGACAAAGAUGUGGUUGCAAAGUGGGUUUUGUCCUUCCAGGCCCUGCCUAGUAACAGAGUUUCACUAAAAGAUGGAGAAUUUUAUGGUUUCUUUGGUUCAAGGAGUUCUCAGUUUCCCAAAGAUGAGAAUGAGGAUUUUUUAACUCACAACAGUAGUCACCUGGCAAGCACUUACUGUGCAUUGGCCAUUCUGAAGGUCACUGGACAUGAUCUCUCGACCAUUGACUCUGACUCAUUAUUGUUGUCCAUGAAAAACCUCCAACAGGAUGAUGGAAGCUUCAUGCCUAUCCAUAUUGGAGGUGAAACAGAUCUUCGAUUUGUAUAUUGUGCUGCUGCAGUUUGUUACAUGCUGGAUAAUUGGAGUGGAAUGGACAAGGAGAAGGCUAAGAACUACAUAUUAAACUGUCAGUCAUAUGAUGGUGGUUUUGGAUUGAUCCCUGGUUCUGAAUCUCAUGGUGGUGCUACUUACUGUGCUGUUGCGUCCCUUCGGUUGAUGGGAUUUAUCGGAGUUGAUCUACUGUCAAGUGAUUCAUCCAGUUCAGUCAUAGACCCUUCAUUGCUCCUCAACUGGUGCCUACAGAGACAAGCCAAUGAUGGUGGGUUUCAAGGUAGGACUAACAAGCCGAGUGACACAUGCUAUGCAUUUUGGAUUGGAGCUGUCCUUAGACUCAUAGGAGGCGAUGCAUUGAUUGACAAAAUUGCUCUGCGGAAUUUUUUACUGAAAUGUCAGUCCAAGUAUGGUGGAUUCAGUAAAUUCCCGGGACAGUUACCGGACCUGUAUCAUUCAUACUACGGUUACACUGCUUUUAGCCUCUUGGAGGAACCGAGCUUAAGCCCUCUGUGUCCAGAGCUAGGGUUACCUCUUUUUGCAGCCUCUGGAAUUUGAUGUUUAGAUUGCCUCAAAAGUCACAUUCUUGAUUCUUCUAUCACCACAUUGUAACAUUUUACUCUGUUUCAGCAGUUAAUUCAUGUUGGAAUAUUUAGUUAUUGAUUAUUGGCUCUCAAUAUGGUAA